UGGAUACCGAAAAUCCCAAUUUACACGGCGUCUCAUUCUUCAACGCUUUUCACCAGCUUCAUUGCUCUCUCUUCUUUGUUCUUCUUCGAAGAAGCUCUCUCUCUAGCUCUGUGUGUGGCAAGAACACAUUUUUCCUUUCCAGAGCUGUGAGACGAAAACCCUCUUUUCCCAUUUGCGUUCUUUCUUUGUCUUUCUAGUCUUCAGCCGUAUCCAACCAAUGAAGAAGAAAACAGAAUUUGUUUCGAUCGCUAGAACCCAUUCAAGCAGAUGACGAAAAUCCAUUCCUCUGUAAUCGUGCCCGUCUUCAUCUUCGUUUUUGUCUUCCCUUCUGUAACCGAUGGCCUCGGUUCUGCCUCUACUGUCGCCAUCAGUUACAGCUCUAGAACUGUUUGCGGAAUUCUCGCAGGAAACUCUUCCCAGAGAAUCGAAUGUUACAGAGGAGGUCAGACGACUUCGAUCUUUCCCAAUGUAUCUUUUGAUGUUAUCUCCGGUGGUAGGAAUUACUUCUGUGGGUUGAACUCCGGUGGUUCUGUUUUACUCUGUUGGGACGCUAGUUUAUCUGGUGCGAGUUUUGAACCCAGAAGGGUCUAUCAUAAUAGUAGUGUUAGGUUAAGGGAUGUAGCGGUUGGGGAUGAUCAGGUCUGUGCUGUGGUGGAUGAGACCCAGACUGCAAUCUGUUGGAGAGGGGUUGGGAAUAAGAAGUUUCCAUCUGCAUCGAUGGAUCAAAGAUUUCUAUCCGUUUCGUCGGGAGGAGGAUUUUCGUGUGGGAUUUUGAGUAGUAGCAGAAGAGUUCGGUGUUGGGGUGCUAACAGUGAAAUCGCUCUGGAGAUUCAGACUCAGUUUGAGAACAUUACUAUGGAUAGCUUAGUUGCUGGUGGAUCUCAUGUCUGCGGUUUGAAUAUUACUGGGUUUCUCAUCUGUAAAGGGAGGAAUGAUUCUGGGCAGCUCCAAGUCCCUGAGAAUUCCCCUCUCGAAUUCUCUCAGUUCGCAUUGGGGUUCAACCAUAGCUGUGCCAUUCGAAGGAAUAGUUCAGUGGUUUGUUGGGGAGGUGGAGGAGAAUACUCCAGUAAUGUUACAAAUGGUGUUUCGUUCCUGUUGAUUGUCGCUGGUUCUGAUUUCACUUGUGGAUUGCAAUCCAGGCUAAGGGUGAUUUGCUGGGGAUCUGGUUGGUCUACGAACGCAAGUUCGGGAAUUUAUCUUCCUCUGCCUCAGAUUAUUCCAGGUCCUUGCACUCAAAAUAACUGUAGCUGCGGUCCAUAUCCAGAUGCCUCUGCAUUUUGCGCUGGUUCAGGGAAAGUCUGUACGCCUUGUUCGCUACCCCCAUCACCGCCGCCACCGGCGGCAUUACCACCUCCACCUCUUCUGCCUCCCUCACCAUCGCCUUCAUCAAAGGCAAGAGAUAGGCGUUUAUUGAUUUUUAUGAUUGUGGGAGCAGUUGGGUGUUUUUCUGGGCUCUGUACCAUUGUCUACUGCCUGUGGACUGGAAUUCGUUGUUGCAGACGCAAGAAAAUACAUAAUUCUGUGCAGCCCACCAUCACCGGAAGCAAUGCUAAUGCUGGGGGUAAUGGAAGUGGGGAUCUUUUCAGCCCAUUGUCAAGAUCUUCGACGAUGAGGCGCCAGAGCUCACGAGCAAUGAAGCGCCAGAGAAGUGGGACUUCGUCGAAGCACCCUGACCGGGCCGAGGAGUUCAGCCUAGCAGAGCUAGCUGUGGCCACCGACAACUUCUCUUUGGAGAAGAAGAUUGGGGCUGGAAGCUUUGGGGUUGUAUACAAGGGCAAGCUUGCAGAUGGGCGUGAAGUCGCCAUUAAAAGGAGUGAAACAGGUACCAAGACCAAGAAAUUCCAAGAGAAAGAAACCGCAUUUGAGUCUGAAAUUGCGUUCUUAUCGCGUCUUCAUCAUAAACAUCUGGUCAGGCUAGUGGGUUUUUGCGAAGAGAAGGAGGAGAGGCUUCUGGUAUAUGAGUUCAUGAAAAAUGGGGCUCUGUAUGAUCAUUUGCAUUCGCAGAACAAUGUUGAGAAGAGCAGCAGUUUAAUAAAUUCCUGGAAAAUGAGGAUCAAAAUCUCAUUAGAUGCAGCCAGGGGAAUCGAGUAUCUUCAUAACUAUGCUGUUCCUCCUAUAAUUCACAGAGACAUCAAGUCUUCAAACAUAUUGCUUGAUGCAAAUUGGACUGCGAGAGUAUCCGAUUUCGGGUUAUCGUUAAUGGGACCUGAAUCUCCAACUGGGCAGUAUAUGUCCAUGAAAGCUGCCGGAACAGUUGGGUAUAUGGAUCCUGAGUAUUACGGGCUAAAUGUAUUGACAGUGAAGAGUGAUGUUUAUGGUCUUGGAGUGGUUUUGCUUGAGAUAUUAACUGGAAAGAGAGCUAUAUUCAAGGUAGAAGGAGAGGGAGGAGGGCCAACAAGCGUAGUGGAAUAUGCAGUGCCCAAGAUCAUGGCUGGAGAGCUGGAGUCAAUUUUAGAUAUAAGGGUUGGGCCACCAGAGGGGCAAGAAGGGGAGGCGGUGGAGCUGGUUGCAUACACUGCAAUGCACUGCGUCAACUUGGAGGGGAAGGAGAGGCCAACGAUGACUGACAUUGUUGCUAAUUUGGAGAGAGCUUUGUCUCUCUGCACAGAUGACAGCCAUGGUAGCAUCUCUAGUGCUACCAUCUCUCUUGCCUCAGACUAAAAAAACCCAUAAAAAAAUUCCAAAAUUCAAAGAGAAGAUGAAAUUUUUUAGUAGAUUAUUUGGAAAUUUUGUCUUCUUAAUUGUGAUUUUUUUGGUUAGUUUUAGUUUUAUUGUUAUACUUCAAAAUCUCAGUAUAGAGGAAGAACAGAGGAGCAGUAUUUGUUCUGCUAACAGACAAAUUGAUUAUUGAUUAUUACCAUUAAUCAUUUAAUUCA